GCCACUUCAGACAACCAGGAACGCCUGGUUUAUUCAUACAAAAAUGUGAUCAGUGGUUUUGCAGCCAGACUGACGGAGGAAGAAGUCAGAGCUAUGGAAAAUAAGGACGGGUUCAUCUCAGCACGUCCAGAAAAGAUGUUGCCUCUACUAACAACGCAUUCACCCGAUUUCCUAGGGUUGCACCAGGAAAUGGGCUUCUGGAAAGAAUCAAAUUUCGGAAAGGGGGUGAUCAUUGGAGUAUUGGACUCUGGAGUGUUGCCUAGCCAUCCUUCAUUUAGCGGUGAAGGAAUUCCACCUCCACCAGCUAAAUGGAAAGGAAGCUGUGAGUUCAUGGCAUCAGAAUGUAACAACAAACUAAUUGGUGCAAGGUCUUUCAAUGUCGGGGCCAAGGCCACAAAGGGAGUGACAGCUGAGCCACCACUUGAUGAUGAUGGGCAUGGUACCCAUACGGCAAGCACAGCUGCUGGCGCAUUUGUGAAGAAUGCUGAUGUGCUUGGAAAUGCCAAGGGCACGGCAGUUGGGAUGGCACCUUACGCUCACUUGGCAAUAUACAAGGUGUGCUUUGGACCAGAUUGCCCAGAAAGUGAUGUAAUAGCUGGACUUGAUGCUGCUGUUGAAGAUGGUGUUGACGUGAUCUCAAUCUCUUUAGGUGAUCCUGCAGUUCCAUUUUUCCAGGACAAUAUAGCAGUGGGCUCAUUUGCAGCAAUGCAAAAGGGAAUUUUUGUGAGCUGUUCAGCUGGGAAUUCUGGCCCUUUCAACACCACUCUAUCUAACGAAGCCCCAUGGAUUCUCACUGUUGGAGCCAGUUCCAUUGAUAGAACCAUCAAAGCUGCUGCAAAACUUGGAAAUGGGGAACAAUUUGAUGGUGAAACCCUUUUCCAGCCCAGUGACUUCCCAGCAACACAAUUGCCUCUCGUUUAUGCUGGAAUGAAUGGUAAACCAGAGUCUGCAGUAUGUGGAGAGGGAUCCUUGAAAAAUAUUGAUGUCAAGGGGAAGGUAGUGCUGUGUGACAGAGGUGGGGGAAUAGCCAGAAUUGACAAAGGGACGGAAGUGAAAAAUGCUGGUGGUGCUGCCAUGAUUCUCGUGAACCAAGAAAGUGAUGGCUUCAGCACCUUAGCUGAUGCCCAUGUACUUCCUGCAACACAUGUGAGCUACGCUGCAGGACUGAAGAUUAAAGCCUAUAUAAACUCAACCGCAACACCAACAGCAGCAAUCUUGUUUAAAGGAACUGUAAUUGGCAACCCAUUGUCUCCCGCUAUUACUUCCUUCUCUUCCAGAGGCCCCAGCUUUGCAAGUCCAGGAAUUCUGAAACCAGAUAUUAUUGGGCCUGGGGUGAGCAUUCUAGCUGCAUGGCCCUUCCCUCUUGACAAUAACAUAAAUUCAAAAUCCACAUUCAACAUAAUCUCUGGCACAUCAAUGUCCUGCCCUCAUCUUAGUGGCAUUGCAGCUUUGCUCAAGAGCUCUCAUCCGGAUUGGUCACCAGCUGCCAUUAAAUCUGCCAUAAUGACUACCGCUGAUCUACUAAACGUUGGGGGAAAACCCAUUCUCGAUGAAAGACUUCUUCCUGCAGACAUAUUUGCUACUGGCGCAGGUCAUGUUAACCCAUCAAGAGCAAAUGAUCCAGGCUUGGUUUAUGAUAUCGAACCUGAUGACUAUAUACCUUAUUUAUGUGGCCUGGGCUACACAGAUACUGAAGUUGGGAUCCUUGCACAUCGAUCCAUCAAAUGCUCAGAAGAAUCAAGCAUUCCUGAAGGAGAGCUAAACUACCCUUCAUUUUCUGUUGCACUGGGACCACCUCAGACUUUGACACGGACUGUGACAAAUGUUGGUGAGGCCUAUUCAUCUUACACCGUAACGGCGAUUGUACCACAAGGAGUUGAUGUGAGUGUCAAUCCUGAUAAGCUUUACUUCUCUAAGGUGAACCAGAAGCUGACGUAUUCAGUGACAUUCAGCCACAAUAGCUCCAGCGGGAAAAGCAGCAAAUUUGCUCAAGGAUAUCUCAAAUGGGUUUCUGGCAAACACUCUGUUGGGAGUCCAAUCUCCAUUAUGUUCAAGUGAGGAGUGGAUUAAUGAGAAUGCAGA